CUCUCUCUCCAUGUCUCUAACAAGCCGUCAUCGUAUUGUCAUUGAUGGGGUUCGAAGAACAAGAACUUAUCACUAUUUCUGGUGCCUAUAUUGCCGACGUACUGUGAGGAUACCCUCUAUAAACCCUGAUGGUUCUUUUUGUCCCUAUUGCUUCCAUCGACUGCGUUAUGAGCUUGAUAUAUCAAGGCCAAGGCUUCUCAUGAACGUGCCCAAUAAUUUGGAACCUUCUCCUGCUACUCAGUUAAUGCACAACUUGGCUCUCCUUCUUGAUCCAUCUCCAAGGAGGCAAAACAACCAUUUUAACACAACAACACAAUGGGAAACGGAAACUGAAGAUGGUCCAAAUCCACAGGCUUGGAUUACCCUACGAUUUGCAAGGCCAACUCGUCCAACUAGGCCUAUUUCCCCACCACAAAACUUGGUUCCACUUCCACAAGUCAACGGCACCUUUUUCGACAAUAUAUUAGAUGGGUUUAAUGAUGGGAUUGUUCAGAACAAUAGGCCAGGGCCACCUCCAGCUACAUCUUCAGCCAUUGCAGCGUUGCCAAUGGUGAAAUUGACACAAGCCGAUUUGGCAAGUGACCCCAAUUGCCCAAUUUGCAAAGAUGAGUUUCAGCUUGACAUGGAAGUGAGAGAGUUGCCAUGCAAGCAUUACUACCAUUCUGAUUGCGUUGUCCCUUGGCUGCGCAUGCACAACACUUGCCCAGUUUGCCGCUAUGAGCUACAAGAUAUUGCUACUGCUAAUAAUUACCGCUUCCCAAAUGAGAAUAAUUAUGAGGAGAGCUUUGGGUUUGAGGAUGUUACAAGCAGCUUGAACUGGAUUUGGAGCCAAGUGGCUUCGUUCUGGCCUAUCCGUAGAGUCCUAGAUUGGACGCAGUCCUACUUUGAUUCCCAAGAACAUCAUGUUCGUGAUCGCAGAGGUAAAAGGUGCAUGGCACCUCAUUUGAAGACACGAAUGAAAUUGAUAGAAGAUCUCGAAGGCUCGUUCUGGUGUACGUGCCCACAAGUUAUGAAAGAAACCUUACUUCUUGGUGAAGAACUACAUUUCAAAAUGAUACCUUCACUUAUGUCCUGA